ACAAGGCAGCGGAGGCGGCAGAGGCCUUAGAAGAGGUGAAGAACAUAGAGACGCAAUUAGCCGCCCAGCCCGAUCUCCCGAAUCAGAUGYGAGUCAUAGCGCGGAGCGUCGCAUGCYUGGCACGKGUUCAGGCAGACCAAUAUGACUUUAGCAGAAGUCAGGACAUAGYUGUGCGCUCGAUACGAUUGGGCUUUCGAGACUUUGCUCGUGAGUUGGUAGGCGCCGUUGGAGUCGAGGUGGGUCACCGCCUCGACAAGACUGAGCGGUUCUGCGCCGGCGCCAUUGAAGGCAUCAAGGCGGCAGCUCCCAAGGAGGAGGAAGCACGUCCUCCUCGCUGGGAGCCUGUCAAAGUCAAGUUCCCCGAUUCCUACAGCGGGAGGAGGGAAGAAAACUUUGAUAAUUGGGAGGCCAACGUUACGACCUAUGUGCACUUGCAACAGGUCUCCCUAGAUCAGCAAGUCUUAAUUGCUAUCCACGCACUAAGAGAUGAGGCCGCGAGUUUUGCAAGGUCCCUAGUUCGCGCUGCCAACUGUAGUGAUGAUCCCGUUGCGUACUCCUCAUUUACGUCCCUCACYGAAUUUCUGAAGUUGCUGCGCGAGCGAUUUGCUGAUGUCGCUCGCGGUGUCAAGGCCUCAUACAAGCUCCAAACCAUCCAUUCUCGUAAAUGGAAGAGUGUCAGGGCACUCAAGGGUACAAUGGAUGAGUUGGUGGCCGUCCCUAACCAUGGGGUCACAGAGGGCCAGUUGGUCAACCUCUUUUACCGGGCUAUGCCCGAAGCCUUUCGAGGGCAGUUCUUCACGAAAAGCGAAGACCCUACCACCACUUACGAUUCUCUUAGUCGUGAGGUGGUGGCUUUUGAAGCAAAGUCAGUGUCCCUGUCUACCUUCUGGCACAAAGACUUGGACAGGGGUAAGMAAUGGAAAGRCCGCACUAUCUCAGGGCAGGUAAAGACCAAGGAUAGCCUUGUCCUGACUUUAGAUGAGGGUAGUGUGGAUGAGAUUCCCUACGACCAGAUUGAGUGGGGAUUAGAGGAGGCGGACAGCGGUGUGGGCCAAGGGAGAUCUUACACUGCUGUCGCGGCUGGAGGGAGACCGCAAGGAGGAAGAGGCCAGGGCCAACGAGGCCGGGCCUCAGGGAGUCGAUUUCAGGGCGAUCAGGGGGUUGGCGGCAGAGGAGGAAACCGCCAAGCGGGAGGYAGGGGUCAAGGUCCCCCGCAAAACCGUCCUUGGAGGAGGGUUCCCUAUAGAAUAGGAGGAUGGCACCCAGKGCUACCUCAGGGUAGGCCUUGGGAAUCUUUGGGUCUGGACCAGGCUUUAUGGCAACAACAAUUGGACCGGGGCCAUGCUUGGAUUGCAAGCUUGGCGGCCUCCCCGUUUGUUGUGAAUGCUGAGGCAAUGGGCACCGAGGCUUCGGGAGGUGGGACCUCCCCUUCAGGGGUAUUGAGAAUUGCAGAUGGGUCCGGAAUGGACUAUGCGGCUGCAGAUGAUGCAAUGAUUACGGUUGGGCAUACUGAUUCAGAGGUUGAUCCUCUGUUAUUGAUCCCUCUGGGACCACCGGCGGACCUCUCAGAAGAGGACAGUCCGCAGGAUUCUGGAACGAUAGGUAAAGCCGCUGGCACUCUGGUCAAGAAAUCCCGCACUGAAGCGGAUGCUGUGCUCAAACCGCCAAAGUCUCCAGGACUUGUCCAAGGGAACCGAGGUGCCCCUUCGGAGGUUGGGACUGACAAUACUCAGAAGAAGGGUGUAGAAAAACCCAAGAGUAGGGUGUUCCGCUCCCUGGCUGUAGCCCAGCCCAUAACAAGUCUGUCCCGUUCAGACAAAGGCAAAACGGAAGACUAUCUGGCACCGUUGAUUUGUGUGCCAUCAGUGAAGGGCCCGAUGGUCCUGUCGUUUUCCCCCUCUGACAAUAUUUUGGAUAUGGCCUUAGUGAGGAUAGAGGGACAGCCCUCCGAGUUGGAAAUCUUGGGUCAUGCGCGCAAGAUUCUCCAAGGUAUCUGCUACGCCCGGGUACUACCUGAACCUAAGGUUAGCAGAUACACCUUUGACUGAGUGUCGGGCAGAAGGUCAUGCAAAGCCUGUAUUUACUUUGCAUUUAUGAACAUC